AUGGAACAAGGAAAUGUUCAUUCGGUUCUUUUCGAAAAAUCAGAUAUGUACAACUAUAAUACACCAGAAGAUUUACAGUUUUACACAACCAACUAUGGAGAUCCCAAUACUUAUUCAGCACAAGUAAAUACAGGGUAUUUUGGACAACCAACUACUCAAGCCUAUAUGCAUCACAAUGAAUUUCAUACUAGUGGAAAUUUUUGGAGCGCAUUUGGCACGGGUGGAUUUGCUGACGAACCGCCCUUAUUAGAAGUGUUGAAUCCACUUAAAACAAUCGAUAAGCACAUAAUGGAUGAUACUGAUUUAGCAGGGCCACUUAUAUAUUGUUUAAUAUUUGGUGUUUCUUUAUUACUGACAGGGAAAGCACACUUUGGAUACAUUUAUGGUGUGGCACUUCUUGGAUGGUUAUCUAUUUAUUUAAUAUUGAAUCUUAUGAGUGAUUUAGGAAUAGAUAUAUAUCGUACAGCAAGUGUAUUAGGUUAUUGUCUAUUGCCUUUAACAUUAUUAAGUUGUAUUGGCAUUGGUAUACCUCUAUGUGGGCCUAUUGGAAUUAUGGCUUCAACGCUUGCAAUAAGUUGGUGCACAUAUUCAUCUUCUACAAUAUUUCGGCAAGGAAUGGAUUUGAAUAAUUUAGAAUUAGAAUUUGUUGAAAAUAAUGAGAAAAAGUUGAGAAAACAGCUGCUCAUGAUAUCAGUUAUCAAUUCUUUUGAGGAUUUGGUUGAUUCAGAAGAACAAUUUGAUUCUGGAAAUGCAAUUGCAAAUAAUGCAAAUAAUAUCAAUGAAGUUUCACCACUUAGCAAUAGCAUCUAA